GAUCCAGUUUCCUAUGCCACAGCUGAUGUAUCCGCCGAUUCCUAUGAAGAAAGCACGAGUUCGGCCACAGACAUGAUCAAGAUUUCACAUCUAAAAUUUGGGAUCAGUCAAUGGAAUGAAAGCGGAACCGGAGUAAAAGCACAAGAAGAUUACCCUAUGCAUGAUGUCUCGCGGAAGAGUAGUAGUACAGCGCCCAGACUACCUCCUCUCGAUACGGUUACCUAUACGUUUGUCGCUAUAGAGGCGUCAUUUCUGCACCCAACCAUGGAAAUUCCAGCAUCUUCUGUUGAUUUAUCCGGGAAUUUGGAGCUUCAAGCUUUACGGUUGAACCACCAGUCCAUGUUUGAGGUUGCGGACAAUGUCGUUAUCGCUCGGGCCACUUCUGCCGUCGCUGUGGCAUUCUUGUGGUAUGAUACGUGCCUCACCUUGGGGGAUGAGGUCGGUCCAGUUUAG